AUGAAAAGCACUUUGUCAAGAAAUACUAAAUUAGUUCUUGGUGGGGAAUUAUUUCAUGUGCGUUGUUGUGCACAUAUAUUGAAUUUGUUAGUGCAACACGAUCCUACUCAGAUUAAAGACAUCAUUGAGAAUGUUAGAGAAAGUGUCAAAUAUGUUAAUCAUUCUGACUCAAGAUUAAAGACUUUCUGUGACAUUGUUAAGCAAAUGGGUAUAAAACAAAGAAAGCUAGUGAUUGAUUGUCCCACUAGAUGGAAUUCUACCUAUGAAAUGUUGAAUAUUGCUUCAAGAUUUAAAGAUUUUUUUCGAGAAUACAAGGAAAGAGACCGGCACUAUAAUUGUUUGUCGUCUACUGAAGAGUGGGAAAAGGUUGAUAAGGUAUGCCAUUUAUUAAAAGUUUUAUCUUAUGAUACUAAUAUCAUAUCAGGUAGUGAUUAUCCUACAACAAACUUAUAUCUUCCGAAAGUUUAUAUGGUCAAAGUAGUGAUUGAUAAAGCAGCUGAAGAUAGUUUUGAUUUUAUGAGAGGAAUGACAAGGUUUAUGAAAGAUAAAUUUGAUAAAUAUUGGGGGGAAUGCAAUUUGUUGAUGGCCAUUGCUAAUGUUUUGGACCCAAGGUGUAAAUUAGAAAUGGUGAGCCUUUGUUUCCCAUUUAUUUACAAAUCAGAAUUUGAUGCCAAAGUUAACAUAGAAAAGGUGCGUCAAGCUUUAGAAGACAUUUACAAUGAUUAUUUGCAAGAAUCUUCCUCUAAUAUAGAUGUCAGAACUAGGGUGGAAGGAUCUUCCUCUUCUACUCCCUCAACUGAAGUUUCACACAAUUUUGAAUCUGGGUUUGCUCAACUCAUGAGCAUGAACAUGCAAGGGAAUCUACUCAUUCAGUUAAGUCACAACUGA